CACCCACCCAUCCCCCUUCCCCCGCUCCCUUUUUCCCACCUCUUCUCAAGCCAGGCUUUCGUCAUUGACGAUCCGGUCGCACAUACAUUCCUUGUCUUCCUUUUAAUACUCUGAGCGACCGCACUCAAGAUGCGCUUCACUACGUUUACAGCUUUGGCCAUAGUGCUUGCCUCUAUGGCAGUGGCUGCUCCGGCUCCCAGCGCCAUGCGUGUCAAGGAGUCGGUGACCAUGCCAUCUGGAUGGGUGCGCAGAGGCCCAGUCGCUGCCGGCACAGAGAUCCCUCUCUCCAUCGCUCUGAAGCAGCGCGCCUUUGCCGACCUCGAAUCGGAAAUCCUUGCAGUCUCCGACCCCAAGUCUCCCCGCUACGGCAAAUUCUUGUCUCGCGAGCAAGUCUCUUCCUACCUCACACCUAGCGCAGAAAGCGCUGCAGCUGUGCGUCGCUGGCUCGAGGAGCACAGCGUCAAGGAGGACCUUUCGCGCCGCAGCUUCGCGGGCGACUGGGUUCGCGCCACGGUCCCCGUGGAGCGUGCGAGCGCCAUGCUUGGAGGUGCCGAAUUUGCGGAGUUCUUGAACGAGCGCACUGGAGAGGUCGUCGUGCGAGCGCUCGAAUACUCCGUACCCGAGAGCGUCUUCGACCAUGUCGAUCUUGUCGGCCCCACCACCUACUUUGGUAAGCCCUUGGCUCAUCGUGCCCCCUCGAGAAUCGCCGAAUGGCUGCCAGUGGGCUACAAGCCUCACGCAGAUGAGACAGUCGUGCACGCCGACAAUCGCCUGGCCGUCAAUGUUGCUGCUGCCGUUCCCCCACCUGCUUGCACCACCACGAACCAGACGACGCUCACGUGCAUUCGUCAGCUGUACGGCACAAUCGACUACAAGGUCCAAAAGCCUAACUCACAAUUCAUUGGCAUCAGUGGUUUCUUGGAGGAGUACCCCAACGACAAGGACUUUAACCAGUUCUUGAGCACUGAGCGCCCUGACGCUCUUGCAGCCAACUACAAGUACCGCCUGACCCAGAUCGACGGUGGCGGAAACAACCAGAGCAAGCCAGGUGUCGAAGCUAAUCUAGAUGUACAGACCGUCGCUGCCAUCAGCUUCAACAUUCCUUCGACCUACUACUCGAAUGGCGGCCGCCCUCCCUUUAACCCGGACCAAGCCACUCCUACGAACACGAACGAGCCGUACACCACCGAGUUCGAGUACCUGCUCUCUCAACAAACCAUCCCUUCCGUUGUCAGCACUUCAUACGGUGAUGACGAACAGACCGUCCCUCGCGAUUACGCAGUCCGCGUGUGCGGUGAAAUUGCCGGACUGGCGGCACGCGGUGUCUCUAUGGUCUUCAGCUCAGGUGAUAAUGGUGUUGGCUCAGACGGCAACUGCGUGAGCAACGACGGCAAGAAGACUCGCAAGUUCCUCCCCGCAUUCCCUGCCUCCUGCCCAUACUCGAUCACCGUCGGAGGGACGGAAGCCUACGCACCAGAGGUCGCUGUCUCCUCCAAGAUCGGUGGCUUCUUUGCUGGCGGCGGUUUCAGCGAGUACUUUGCAAGACCCGCUUAUCAAGACAACGCCGUCAAGGGCUAUCUCAAGACUCUUGGCAAGAAGCACGCGGGCCUGUUCAACCCCAACGGCCGCGCGUACCCCGACAUUGCCGCUCAAGCUUCUCGCUACCUGAUUGUCGUCGGAGGCCGUUACGUGCGCGUCGGCGGCACCAGCGCUUCGGGUCCUACCAUCGCCUCCAUCAUUGCGUUGCUCAAUGACGCUCGCGCAGCUGUCGGCAGGCCCAACCUCGGCUGGAUCAACCCCCUGCUGUACUACGGUCAACCUGAGCAGGUGCUCACGGACAUCACUUCCGGCUCAUCUGCUGGAUGCGACACUGACGGCUUCCCUGCCGCCAAGGGAUGGGACCCUGUGACCGGUUUCGGAACUCCCAACUUCAAGAAGCUCCUCGCCGCCGCGACGGCAUGAAGGUGAAGCUCACGCGAGCUCAGAGACGUUUUCGUUAGCCGCGCACCUUUCUCUCUGAAGACCGUGCAUUUAUCAGAAACGAAGCGAAUCCUUACAUCCACCCACUGUACAGAGCCCAGGGCACGUUGGAUUUGUCAGACUCACACCUAGCAUUUUCGAAUUCAUACCAUUUCUC